UGACACUACAUCCGUUACAUUUCAGGAAUUCAUUUCUAAAAAUAUUUUCUCCAUUUCCAAAUUUACAUGCUUUGACAGAAGGGUCACUUGGGACUUGGGAGUGAGUCUGCAACAAUACCCUGUUUUAUAUCUUUGAUGAAUUUCAACCCUCAGCCAAAAAGAACUAAAAUCCCACCAAAACAUUCGCAAUUCAACAAGGAAAAACGGCAUAUACUUGUUCAAUAGAUCAUUGUGAUUUAUUCACCAGCAAGGAAGCCUUAUCUCAGGGAUGUAACAACUACCCAAGAAAAGGAAUUUCUGAAAAUGAGUUCAAGAAAAGGCAUAUACUCUUGCGGUCUGGUACCAACAGAGAAGGAAACAAAAAAAGGGGGGCACGGGCAUGAGGGGAAGGAGGAAAGAGAGAAGAAAGGAAACCGCGUGGAGACAAAUUCAAAAGGGAGAGAAAAGGGGAUGUGAGUAGUUGUGAGUUGUGAGUUGUGACAGCACGUUAGCUGUGUAUGAAAAUGAAAAUAUUGUUAUAAUAUUGCCCGCGAUAAAGGCGCUUCAAAAUUGAAACAUCCGCCGAGCCCAUCGUUGCCAUAUGCCACCCCACACAGAAAGAGAUAUACAAAGAAUGGUGACUUCCUUGGUUUAAUCCGUCUCACAAAAUUCUCCUCACAGAGGCAUUGGCCUCUUCUGGGUGUGUUGUUGUUGCUUGCCUAUGCCAUCCACUGUUCAUGGGUUAUGCAGAGGAUGAUCUGAAAUCAUUAUUUUUCUUGUGAUUUGUUGUGAAGGAAAGCAAGAAAAGAAAUGAUUGGGAGCACAGAUCCUAAUCUGGGUAUUCCUUGUUCCUCCAAAGCCGCAGACCGGAGCAAGCCCAAGAGGCUGUAUCAAGUCUGGAAGGGGGCCAACAGAUUUUUCUGUGGUGGAAGAUUGAUCUUUGGUCCUGAUGUGGCAUCCCUCUUUUUGUCCACACUUCUAAUUGCGGGCCCUGGAAUAGGUUUUUGUUUAAAAAUCCAUUACAAGAUCAAAGAAGAUGAUGAUGAUUAUGGUCGAACGUUCGCACAUCACGUUGUAUGGUAUUCUAUAAUGGCUGUGGGAGCAUUUCUCACUAUUUUGGAUUUAAUGUUUCUCUUUGUGACAUCCAGUAGAGAUCCUGGAAUAGUCCCUAGAAACUCAAAGCCUCCUGAAUUAGAUGAAGCAUUUGAUGUAACAACCCCAUCUAUGGAGUGGGUCAAUGGUAGAACCCCUCAUUUGAAACUACCUCGAACAAAGGAUGUUCUGGUGAAUGGCCACAUAGUGAAAGUGAAGUACUGUGACACUUGUUUGCUUUAUCGUCCUCCUCGUGUUUCUCACUGCUCAAUCUGCAACAACUGUGUUCAGAGAUUUGAUCAUCACUGUCCAUGGGUUGGUCAAUGCAUUGGAAUACGCAACUAUCGGUUCUUCUUCAUGUUUAUAUCAACAUCAACCAUCCUGUGCUUAUAUGUCUUUACAUUUUCCUGGAUCAUCAUUAUUCAAGGAAAGGGCGAUGAUAUUUUGAAGGCUAUGGGAAAUGACUUCUUGUCAGAUUUUCUCAUUGUGUACUGCUUCGUGGUCAUCUGGUUUGUUGGUGGCCUUACAGUUUUCCAUUCCUAUCUGAUUUGCACGAACCAGACAACGUAUGAAAACUUCCGGUAUCGAUAUGAUAAGAAGGAGAACCCAUAUAGUAAAGGGAUUAUAAAGAAUCUCAAAGAAACUUUUCUCUCUAAGAUUCCACCUUCAAUGAAUGAUUUUCGAUCAUUAGUGCAGGAAUCCGAACCUAUGGUGGUUGAAUCUAUGACUUCCAAUCCUGAGGGAGGCAUCAUGAAUUUGAAAGAGAAAAUCGACAUAGAAAUGGGAGCUAAGCUUGCAGAAGAAAAUGGGUUUCGACUUCCUGAAAUUUUGAGAAAUUUGGAUUAUGAUGGUGUGGAUGAUAAUUUGAAAAGCAGGGAUGAAGAAGGAAGAAUUUCUUUUGACCCGUAUUUUUCUGCUGAACAAGACGAAGCAAUACUACAUGUGCAAAGCUCUGUUGUUGAGGAUGACACUAAAACAGACAAAAAGGUUGAUGAAGGAAGUAUCUCCAUACCAAGCACAACAACUCAACUAUAGAGGUUUGGCUGCCUGAAUAUCUCUUCUGUGGGCAUUAUGGAUGUGUGUUGUUUCUGCAAUGGCAGCAUUCGGUCAUCUUGAGAAGAGGCUUUAAGUCAAUUUCCAAAUACAGAGGCUGAAUACAAAUUCAUUGGUGUUGAAGAGAUUGAUCAAAUACACUUUCUGCUGUUCAUUUUUAAAGUAGACUCAUAUUUGCUGUAACUGUAUGUGGUAAAUGUGGCAUCAUGUUCAGAAUAAUGCAGAAACAGGCAAUGAAACAAACCAUGCAGCCCCCCCCCCCCCCCCCACCCCAUAAGAGUGAAAUUGUCAAUAGGGUGUGUUGUAGCUUCCCUUUUUCUCGUUAGUCAUUUUGAUUCAGCAUUUUCUAUUUAUUUAGUUAGGAAUUGUAUAGUAUUUGAAACCAACAGAUAUUUCAGAACAAGCUUGAUUUGGAUCAUUUCUGUGAAA